GUUGAUUUGAUUGCGGAAGUGAGCGGAUGUUGUUGUGUUUGUAGCUUUAGCGAUCUUCCUUUAAGACUCUGUUCAUCAAUGGGCUGCGCGUUUUAACGUAUGUAGGCUUUUGGGGGGAGCUUCAUUUUCUCAACUUGACCAGUCCGUCAGGUUGAUCCGCUGCGAUGGCCGAUCACGCCGACGUCAGCCUGCCCCCAGAGGAGCGGGUCCGCGCUCUGACCAAGAAGGGCAGCUCGGUGGAGGUGAACGACGACGUGCCGCCGCGGCGCUACUUCCGCUCGGGCAUGGAGAUGAUCCGCAUGGCGAACAUCUACACGGAGGAGGGCAACAUCGAGCACGCCUUCGUUCUUUACAACAAAUACAUCACGCUCUUUAUUGAAAAACUUCCAAAGCAUCGGGACUACAAGACUGCAAACAUUCCUGAGAAGAAGGACACAAUAAAGAAACUCAAAGAUGUUGCAUUUCCUCAAGCAGAGAUUCUCAAAAAAGCUCUUUUGAAGAGAUUUGAACAGGAAUACGCAGACUAUCUCGUCAAAAAGAAAGUGGAGGAGGAGGCCUCGGCGCUGGAGCGGUCCAGGCGCCGCGCUCUGGACGCGGAGCGGGAGCGCGUGGCGGAGAUGCAGCGGCGGCAGCGGGAGCAGGAGCAGUUCAGUGCCUUCGAGGAGAUGAUCCGCCGCCAGGAGCUGGAGAAGGAGAGGCAGCGGGUUCUCCUGGAGUUCGCCACGCCCUCCGCCCCCGCCCCGGACACGCCCCUCCUCCCGGGCAUCCAGGGCCCGCCGCUGGUGUCCCCCUCCCCGCCGCAGAGCCCGGGGGACGUGUCCGGCAGCAACAACCACCAGCAGUCUCGGCCCUCUGGGAACACCGCCCCCCCGACUUUUGACCGCUCGCUCAAACCGGGCUCUCUGGUCAGCCCCGGGAACAACAAUUCGAUGGUGGACGCCCUGCGGCAGCUGGCUGUUCCUGUCGAGCUGUGCCGAAGCUUUCUGCGGCUGGCCGAGGCCAACACCAGCAGAGCCAUAGAAACCUGCGGCAUCCUAUGUGGAAAGCUGACCAGGAACGCGUUCACCGUGACCCACGUCAUCGUCCCGAAGCAGUGCGGCGGGCCGGACUACUGCGACACUGAAAAUGAAGAGGAGCUCUUCCUCAUCCAGGACCAGUACGACCUCAUCACUCUGGGAUGGAUCCACACCCACCCCACUCAGACGGCCUUCCUGUCCAGCGUGGACCUCCACACCCACUGCUCCUACCAGAUCAUGCUGCCCGAGGCCAUCGCCAUCGUCUGCUCGCCCAAGUUUAACGAGAUCGGUUACUUCAGGCUAACGGACCGAGGAUCAGAGGAGAUCUCCACGUGUAAACAGAAAGGCUUCCACCCUCACAGCAAAGACCCGCCUCUGUUCACGCACGCGGGACACGUGAUCAUCACGGAGGGCUCGGUGUGCGUGAUGGACCUGCGGUGAUCCGGCUCACCGACACACUCACAGACUCUUUUAUCAAAAUGAAGAUGUUUUAUUGAAAACAGGAACACUCGUUUUUUUUUCUUUAUUUUAUUUUUCCCCUUUUCAGGACGGUUCUGAGACAAACUGGCCGCGAGUUUACCAUUUGUUCUGAAGGACAACCUUUUAUUUUAUUUUAUUUUAUUUUAUUUUAUUUUAUUUUAUUUUAUUUUAUU